AUGGAUUCCACGUUGGUUUUCUUUUGUUUCGUUUCCCUCGUGCUCCUCCCUUUCUCGAGCGCCCUCCACAUCACCAGCCAGACUAUAGACAACUUCCUACUCGCUGAGUAUGAUUAUGUCGUAGUCGGAGGUGGAAUCUCAGGACUGGUUGUGGCGAACCGACUGAGCGAAGACUCGAACAGGACCGUUCUCGUAAUCGAGUCGGGUGAGCUUGACGGGCGUGAGAGCAAUAUUGUGGCCCCCGGCUACAUCGGCCUCCCGCAUCCUUCGCCCUAUGGCCAGAGCGUGGUGACUGCCCCUCAGAACUUUCUCGAUGGCAAGACGCGCAGUAUCAACCAAGGCAAAGGCAUUGGCGGUGGCUCAGUGGUCAAUGGAAUGUGCUGGACCAGAGGCGCGGCCGCCGACUUCGACGCCUGGGAAGAACUGGGUAAUCCGGGCUGGGGAUGGAAAGGCCUUCUUCCCUACUUCAAGAAGGUCGAGAGCUACACCGUCAAUGUGGACGAGAACCUGCGAAACCGCCUCAACAUUCACCCGAACAUGUUGUUUCACGGAACCCAAGGGCCGAUUAAUGUUGCCUACCCGCGUCACUUCUACGACUCAUCCGAUCAUGUUCUCCAAGGGUUUUCGGAGAUCGGUCUCCGUCUGUCAGGCGACCUUAACACGGGUGACCUGACGGGCGCUAUGAUCGUUCCGUCAAGCAUGUCUCCUACCAACCAGACUCGCUCUGAUGCGCGAACUGGAUAUUUUGACUCGGCCAUCUCCCGCUCAAACUUGCACGUCGUAACUGGUCAGACCGCUACGCGACUGAUUGUGGGCUUGCCUGGCUCGUUGGCCGAGGGCGACCGGCGCCGUAUCAUCGGAGUUGAUGUGAGCCAACAUCCUAGCCUGUUGUUCUCAUCGGGACCCUCCGGGAUCAACAAGACGGUGACGAGUAACAGGGAGGUCAUUCUCGCCGCCGGCGGCAUCCAGUCCCCGACGUUGCUUCAAGUCUCCGGCAUCGGCCCCAGACAAGUCCUGGAAUCCUUGAACAUCUCCGUGCAGAUCGACCUGCCCGGCGUUGGAAACAACUUUCAGGAUCAUCCUAUGGCUCACUUCCCGUUCGAUUGUGAGCAAAAAAAUAUGUUCCUGGAACCACAUGACGUUCAGCUAACCCCUGGCCCAGAUUCGAACUCAUCCCUUUUCACUUCUCGUGACCUCACGGGCGACGCUUUUGGAGACGCGCUUAACACUUUCCUUACCAACCAUUCUGGCCCCUUGACGGCGCCCUUGAUCAACACCGUCGCCUUCCCAAGCCUGCUUUGGCACGGAGACGAAGGCGAGGCCCUCCAAAACACCACAAGCCAGUCCUCCUUCGAAUUCAUCCCCCUCGACACCCCGCCGACAGUGAAAGCCGGCUACGCCGCGCAGAAGCGCCUAGUCUUAUCCCAUCUCGCCCGCGCCGACGUCGGCGCUUACGAGCUCCUCACCACCUCCUGGGGCCAGGUCUCCGUCGCUGCGCAGAAGCCCCUGUCGCGCGGCACCGUCCGGCCGUCCUCCCCUUCCGUCUUCGACGGGCCGCUGCUCGACCCGCGGUAUUGCGCUGACCCCUUCGACUGCAAGAUCAUCCGGCUCGGCCUGCAGACGACGCGACGGCUCAUGCAGACCGAGGCGAUGAGGCCGCUGCUUCCCGUCAUUGACGCGCGGUUCGAGGGGGACGACGAGGGGAAGCUGAUGACGGAGCUCAAGCCGCUCGUCGGCACCGAGUACCACCCCAGCGGGACCACAAGCAUGAUGCCGCGGGAGUUGGGCGGCGUCGUGGACGCGGGGUUGACGGUGUACGGGACGUGUAACCUGCGGGUCGUCGACGCGGGGGUCAUGCCCUUGAUCCCGGGUGCGCAUAUCCAGGCUGCGGUUUAUGCGGUGGCUGAAAAGGCAGCCGACAUCAUUAAAGAUGCAACGAGCGGCCCGGAGGCCUGCCCUCUCGGUGUUCCAAAGUGGCCCCCCGUUCAGAGUGCUGUCUGA